CUCUAGGGGCUCCCUCCCGGCCUCCUCGCCUUCCCUGGGUGGAGGGUCGGGAUUCCCGGCGUGAAGUCAGAGAUGAGUCACAGCUCAGAGUGACUGCACUAGCGGAGAAGUGGUACCAGACAGGCAGACGUGAGCCAAGGGCAGUGGAGGCAGGCAGCGCGUCUGAGGGUCCCGCUGAAGCAUGGCAAGCAACUUUGAGGUGGUGGCCAUGGACUGUGAGAUGGUGGGGCUGGGGCCCGGCCGGCAGAGCGGCUUGGCUCGCUGCAGCCUCGUGGACUUCCAUGGCACCGUGCUCUACGACAAGUUCAUCCGGCCCGAGGGGGAGAUCACUGAUUACAGGACCCCGGUCAGUGGGAUCACGCCUCGGCACAUGGAGGCGGCCACGCCAUUCGCCGCGGCCCGGCAGGAGAUCCUGCAGCUUCUGAGAGGCAAGCUGGUGGUGGGUCACGACCUGAAGCACGACUUUCAGGCGCUGAAAGAGAACAUGAGCAACUACUCCAUCUACGACACGUCCACCGACUGGCUGCUGCAGCGAGAAGCCAAACUGCUGUCCUGCAAGCGGGUCUCCCUCCGGGUGCUCAGCGAGCGUCUCCUCGGGCGGCGCAUCCAGAACAGCCACUUUGGACACAGCUCGGUGGAGGACGCCAAGGCAGCCAUGGAGCUCUACCGGAUCUCCCGGCGCAUUCGAGCCCGCUGAGGGCCCACCCGGUGGAGCGGGACUGGAGCUCCACCUUCGUCCCGAAGUCUUCGUCUCUUCAAGACAGCAACCCCCUUGCUUUUGGAAAAUGUGUCUUUAGCAGUAAAAUAGCUCUAUAUUUUUUCUACUCCA